UUAAAACUCAUAAGCAAUCUACCUGCCUCUCUCUCUCUCUCUCUCUCUAGCUCUCGCUAAUCGCUACUCAUUUCUCUGUGAAUCACCACCGGGCACGGCGUUCCUCGGUGGUCCCGUUGCAUAUCAAUCGUCGCAAAGCCAUGGCGGGGUCUCCAUCUCAAGCUCAGGCGGAGCCCGUGCUCGACACCGCCGCCUCAGAGUACUGGUGCUACCAAUGCGACAAGCGAGUCUCCGUCGAAACCCUAGCGAAUCUCCCCGACGUCGUCUGCAUCGAGUGCAAGAACGGCUUCGUGGAGUCGAUAUCCGUCGCGUCCUCCCUGCAGCCUCAGCCGUCCGAUCAGCUCGACGAUCCCGCCCUCGGCUCGCAGUUCCUCCAGGUCCUGCGGUUGAUCGCGCAGGCGGCGCGUGAUGAGGACGCCCCUCCUCCGCCGCCCUCGAAUCCACCGUCGGACGACGAUUUCCUCCGGAUCGAGCUCGACGGAUUGGACCACGAUGAGGACGAGGAUGAAGAGGAAGAAGAUGAGGAAGAGAAUGAAGAGAACAGUAACCGCGAGGGAAAUGAACGAGGCGAAGGGGAGAGGGAAGGUGAUAACCAAUCGGAUAAUGAGAACGGAGGAGAGAACAGAGACGAAUUUGAUGAGGAUGAUGCGCGGCGGAGGCGGCGUGACGUGCUCAGGCUCCGGAUCCGAGACUUUGCAACUCGAGCUCGGAGCGGGCGUAACCGGAUUCUCGAUUGGGCUGAGAUUUUGAUGGGAUUGGAUGAUAGCUCCAUCGAGCUGAGGUUCGAACUGCCUGAAUCAGACCGCUACAUAGGCAAUCCGGAGGAUUAUGUGGACGACGCUGGUUACCAGGCGUUGCUUCAGAAUUUGGCGGAGAGCGACAGUGGAAGAAGAGGAGCCCCACCGGCUGCAAAAUCAGCGGUUUUGGAGCUUCCAACUGUGGAAAUCAGAUCAAAGGACGAGACGUUGGUGUGUGCGAUAUGUAAGGACAUGGUGAGUGUCGGUGAGAUGGCAAAGAAAUUGCCCUGUGGGCAUGGUUACCAUGGGGAUUGCAUUGUGCCAUGGUUGGGUGCGAGGAAUACAUGUCCGGUUUGUCGGUUUGAGUUGCCUACUGAUGAUCCUGAGUAUGAAGAGGAGAAGAAGAAGAAAAUGAAUGUGAAUGCAGGUGGGAGCUCAGGUUCUGUUGGAGACAAUUCCUUGGAAUAAGUUUGCUUGAACUAUUGUUGAAUUUGCUUGUUUGGUGGAAUAGAACAACAAUUUGAAUGCUUUUUUUCUUCCUGCCCUGAUAAUGAAUGUAAAUGAUGUUUUACCAA